CCUAUUUCCAUCAUAUACUUCAAUCAAUUGUCUGACGGAUGGGAUGGAUGCAUGGCAUCAGCUGACCGAUUCAAUUGGUGGUGGUAGCCCGACAGAUUGAAUGACACUCUGAGUGCACACAUUUCUGUCCAUCCUUUACCCUCGAUCACCCCAGCAUACAAAUCAAGACAGCCAAUCACUGACACCUAAGGCCGCGGUAAGCAUCCAGUGAAAAUCUGACGAGAAAUAAGGCAUGCACAUGUGAUCAAGUGGGUGGCUCGACUAUCGCGCCACCGCAAAUUGAAUCACCAUCUGAUGAAAGAGACACAAGAGAGGCCAGACACAGGCACAAUCCACCUCGGACGAUGAGUGAGCGGCUUGCGUGCGACACCUGUUUCUUACCUAUGUCAAGAGCCGCGAGCGGAUCCAUCGCGGCGCUCAACACACAUGGCGGCCUCUCCGAGAUCCUGAUAGGUGUUAUCGUGGAAGCUGAGCUUGUACGGGCCGCCACUGAGGUUGAGUGCCGCCUGCUCAGCCAGGAAACGCUGCUGGAAGUGCCCGCUAAGACCGGUGACUGUGAUUCUCUUGUGACCCUAUCAUUCAUCAAAAAAGGCAACAUGUAUACACUCAGGUGUGUAGGUCUGUCUGUCUGUCUGUUGUGCGGGUCACCUUGAGCUCAUCAUUAAAAGAGAUCACCGUGGCCAUCACGUGAUUGUAAAAUGUGUCCGACUUGUCACUUGCGACACCGCCUGAAAAUGAAGAAUACAAACGGUUGUGUCAGUCAGGCAUCCCGAUUUCCGAUUACCUUGAAUGUCGAUGGAGACCUCCUCGAUCGGCGGCAGCUUGUGGUUGCCCCCUCGUCCCCACAAGCAUGGGCUCUGGCCAAAUUCAUCCUUGAGAGGUGCUAUAAACACCUUGGCAUUGAGACCUAUGCGUACUGACAGGCUCCUCUCCCUCCCCCUGCUGCUCAUCGCCGCAUGCACGCUCUCAAGAAACCGCCACACCUCACCAGCCGUCACCUGGAUUGGGUUGUAGGCCUCUCCCGCGUCUCCUAUUUCGAUGCGUGACAGGUUUGGCAUAUGAGAGGCAAUCUCCAGCACCCACUUCUUCUUGUCGCUAUCCGCAAGAAGAGCACCGUCACCAUGAAACAGGGCGGAAGGGUCGUCCCGUAGCCGCAGAGUGCGGGCGGCAGGGAAUGUGUCGUCGGUGAUAGUGGCGAGUUCCGUCGGCCCAUGUCUAUAGUUGUAGAACAGCUUGUCGGCGAUCUUGGCGACUUUGCCGAUGAUCUUUUGGACGGUCGGGCUGCUUCUACGGCUCUGCGAGAGGAGCUCCACGUCGAACUCUUCAAAGCUGCCAUCGAUGUAAGUCCGAAAAAUCUGCUUCGCCACCGCAUCGGGAUGUGCAACAGCAUCACUGACGAAACAGAGUAAAGCACGAUAUGUACUGUCUUGUCUCUCUACAUUCUUUGUCUGAUUGUCUUACAUGAGCUGUGCAGUCCUCUCGCACCGCUCCAUAGACUCGGCAUUGCUCUUCAUCGACCCCAGGUUGACCUCAAGCUCGCGAACAGACCUCUUGACACCCCUCGCCACCAUCACCUCACGCAGUCUGUCGAUGUCGGCGGGGUCGCUCUCAUCUAUCCGGACGCAUCGCAGUGUGCGAAGCGCCGCCAGCGACUGCCCGUCGGUGGGCAGUGCACUCAGCGCAUUGGCCACGCCGGCGCUCCGUCCACCGAUGUGGACGCACUCGACGGCCUUGCAGUCCGCCAGCCACGACCUCUCGCCCUCCAGCCCACAGGAUCGAGUGGACAGCGUCCUGACGGCGGGUGUGUGCCAGUUGCGGCCCACACGUGCGUCCAGACAUGAGUUGCUGUUGUCGAUCGUCGUGAGCGCGGGCAGUUGGACGGGAGCAGAGGGGGCGGGCGGCAGAUCAGAUGAGGGAGGAGGGUACGGGAUGUGGACGCCGAUAUCGAGCUGGACGUCCUCGAAUGACAGCUUCUCCAGCGUGCCGUCAUCCGCCAACUGGCCGUGGCCAUCAUCAUCAGAUGCCGCAGCUGCCCCCUCCCCUCCUGCCCUCUCUAUUCUCUUCUUGGCUGCAAUGGCCGCUCGGCCGAUGGCGUGACCCUCGAUGAGACUCGUCCAGGUCCCGCGACACCACUUUAGCGCAGGGCGCCAUCCGAAAAGAGGUCCCCAAUACUCUUCUGGGUUGCGGUGCUUGAUCUCUCGGAUAUUGGUCGAUCUCUUGCCCCACUUGUGUGCCACGUCGAGUGGCAUGGUCUCCCACAUGUGCCGCGCCUUUUUGUCCUCACAGUCGAUGGCCAGGUGGGUGUAGUUGGCGGCCGACUGAUGGAAGAGGGGCGUGCCGAGGGGGCGCCAGAGGGGCGUCAGCUCCCAGGGAUGCAGGUGGCCAAAGACGUUGGCCAACACGUCGUGGGACAAUCGACGACGGGCCUGAAGUGACAAAGAAGGAGGACGCGUUCAUUUCUAUUUGGCUCUUACCGGGCUUUGGUUGAUGGCCGCAUUGCCGCUCUUCUUGAUCAGACGAUACGAUGGGCCAGUCCUCACAGCCGCCUGCAAUACGACAACACGACAACAGUGACGGAAAAUGCGGAUCCAUGCGCACAUAGUGACACGCGGCCAUCCAUUCGUCUCACCUCAGGCUGAGCCUUUGCCUGGACCGAGCCCGCCGCAGCUGCCUGAAUACUCGGUGCGGGCACGUCUGCAGCAUUGGUGAGGCUGGGGUCUCCCUGCGGGAGCUGUGCCGCGAGGGUGUUGAGUAGCCCCAGCUGAGAACCGAACGCCAAGCCCGCGGGGGACGCAGCCUGUGAAUGAACGAACGGAAAGGGGGCCAUGUGCACAAGGUAGGUAGGUAAAGGGCCCUUUCCAGGUGCCUAUCAGUCAGUCAGUGAAUGAGUGCCUACCUGAGCGGCGAUGCUCGCGGGGUCUUGACCCAGGAGGCUUGACAACGUAUCCCUUACAGCACGCGCAUUCGCGACAAACUGAACGGACGAAAUGAAACACGCACCACACGAGAAAUCAAAAAGUAGGGUGGUGCGUGUUUGUGCUUGUGUUGCCGUUUGCCUCGCUUUCAUCAUCAUCGCGCCUUCCGUACCUCAUUGACGUCCAUGGCGAAUCAGUGUGUGCAUGACGGAAAACAGCGAAAAAACACGAAUCUUGGGACAGAUAGUUU